AUGGGCUUUUGGCAAUGGAGAAGUAAGCCUUCGGAUUCUCCCCUUAUUAAACGCUUACUUUUUAUUCGUGAUGAACUUGUACAGCGAACUACCUCUAUUGGCGUCGCAAAUAUGAAAAUGAUAGAGUGGUUUGCGGGGGAAAAUAAAGGGAUGGCUUUGGCGUAUGAGUUUUUCCGUCCAAGAGCGGCUAAAGUGGAUUGGUUUUUGGUGUUAUGGAAGCCAUACAUUUUGCCCAAGCAUAGGUUCACAUCUUGGUUACUUGCUCAUGGAAGACUAAGAACGGCGGACACCAUCCCUUAUGAGCCCAACAAAUUAUGUGCUUUAUGCCACCAACAAGAUGAAUCCAAUACUCAUCUUUUCUUUGAUUGUGAGAUUGUCAAGCCUCUACUUGAUAAAGUCAAGACAUGGAUGGACAUCACUUUUGACAUCACCGAUAUGGCCUCUUAUCUUGAUACAUUUCGACAACAUUAUAAAGGUAAAGGGCGGCAAAUGAAAGCAAGACAUCUUGCCUUAUCUUCAAUGAUUUAUCUCGUUUGGAAUGCACGUAACAUGAGUCGAUUUGAGAAUGUUGUUCCUUGCUUUGAGAAGAUAUUCCACAAAGUCCAAGUUCAUGUUUGGCGCUCUGUUGAUAUCAAGUGA